AUGAAGUCAAAGGCAGAUAUUGGAGCUUCCACCUUUCUUUCUUUACAGAAAGAAGACUGUUCUACAGUACCUGGGUCCUGGGAUGACUUGGAAGUGAAAUCUGAGGAGCGUGCCAGUGUCAUCCAGCAGCUUGAGCAAACUAUUGAGGAUCUGAGGACUAAAAUUGCAGAACUAGAGAAACAGUUCCCUGUUACAGAAGUACAGACUACUGAGAGGGAGCAGGAAAAUGAGCAUGUGCACACUGCCUGCAGGGAAUUCAGUAGUGUGACUCUUCAAACGGAGGCUGUGCCCAGAACUGUGUCACAAGCAAGAUCUGUACAAACGUCACCAACAGAAGAUUAUUCAGUACACACAAUGCCUUCAGCCAACACACUGCCGCUGCCCCCUUCACCACUGAACUUGGAAAGUAGCAAAGGUGAAGAGCCAUCUGAGAAAUUGCCAGCUCUAGAAUUACAGCCUACUUUUUGUUCUGAAAUCUCCUUAAUUCUGUCACCGAAGUUAAUCUCGGUGCCACUGGAUGCAAGCCAGUCAGUACAGACUGCUUCACAUUUGCCUCUUCCAGGACCUGAAGCUAAUUUGUCCCUUGCAUUUGAAGGCGAGACUGAAUUUUCUGCUCCUCAUCAAUUGAUAGGUAUUAGAAAUGUGACUUGUAGUGAACAUUUCCUUUCUUUACCCCCAGAGCCCAUAUGUAGCAUCCCCUCAUCACUAUUGGCCACUGAACUUGCUGCUCCUGUACCCGGGGAACAUGGCUCUUCUGUCACUGCUUCCAUGCCCAUGGCAGAAGUACCGCUCCCACCGCCCUUGCCUAGCUCAGGACUCCCUCUGCCUUUUGCUAGCCCAGCAAUGCCACGCCUGGACCACUCUGUGCCCAGUGUAACAAUAGCACCCCAGCAGCUGCUGCCACCGCCACCACCACCACCUCCUCCUCCUCCUUUGUCAAGUGGGGAGAUACCAGUGUUGCCUCCAGCUCCUUCUCUCCCAUGUACUGGAGUUCCACCACCACCUCUACCACCACCUCUGCCAGGAGCAGGAGUCCCACUCCCUCCUUCUGGUUGGGGCAUCCCACCACCUCCACCACCUUUAUCUGCCGCUGGUAUCCCUCCCCCACCUCCUCCUCUGCCUUGCCUGGGAAUGCUACCUCCACCCACAGCACCAACUCUGCCUGGAGAGGCCAUCCCACCAUUUCCUCCUCCACCACCACCACCCUUGCCUGGUGUAGGUGCCCGUUUACCACCGCCUCCUCCGCCACCUCCUCUACCUGGUGCAGGAGUCCCUCCUCCACCGCCUCCUCCGCCACCUCCUCUACCUGGUGCAGGAGUCCCUCCUCCACCGCCGCCUCCGCCACCUCCUCUACCUGGUGCAGGAGUCCCUCCUCCACCGCCGCCUCCGCCACCUCCUCUACCUGGUGCAGGAGUCCCUCCUCCACCGCCGCCUCCGCCACCUCCUCUACCUGGUGCAGGAGUCCCUCCUCCACCACCUCCUCUACCUGGUGCAGGAGUCCCUCCUCCACCACCUCCUCUACCUGGUGCAGGAGUCCCUCCUCCACCACCUCCUCUACCUGGGUGGGGGGUGCCACCUGCUGCCCCACCACCUUUGCCUGGAGAAGCGGCAUCCCUUCCACCACCAGCUCAAGGCAGUGCCUAUACAGCAGUUCCACAAGUUGGUGGAUUUCUUCCUCCACCAUUACCAUCUGGUUUAUUUGCAAUGGGUAUGAAUCAGGAGAAAGGGAGCAGGAAGCAUGUGAUAGAGCCUUCUCGACCAAUGAAGCCUCUUUAUUGGACAAGAAUUCAGCUCCACAGUAAAAGAGAUUCUAGUGCUUCACUUGUGUGGGAAAAAAUUGAAGAGCCUUCCAUAGAUUAUCAUGAAUUUGAAGAACUAUUUUCUAAAACAGCUGUUAAAGAGAGGAAGAAACCUAUUUCGGACACCAUUACAAAAACAAAGACCAAACAAGUUGUCAAGUUAUUAAGUAACAAAAGAUCUCAAGCUGUUGGAAUAUUAAUGUCUAGCCUUCACUUAGACAUGAGGGACAUUCAGCAUGCUGUUGUGAACUUAGACAACUCUGUGGUUGACCUAGAGACCCUUCAAGCCCUCUAUGAGAAUAGAGCACAAUCAGAUGAAUUAGAAAAAAUAGAAAAGCACAGCAAGGCGUCUAAGGAAAAAGAAAAUGCUAAGUCUUUGGAUAAACCUGAACAGUUCCUCUAUGAACUCUCACUAAUUCCCAACUUUUCAGAACGUGUAUUUUGCAUCUUGUUUCAGUCAACAUUUUCAGAAAGCAUUUGUUCAAUCCAUCGCAAACUUGAAUUAUUACAGAAACUCUGUGAGACACUGAAAAAUGGGUCAGGAGUUAUGCAGGUCUUAGGUUUGGUUCUUGCCUUUGGAAAUUACAUGAAUGGUGGAAAUAGAACACGAGGACAGGCUGAUGGGUUUGGGCUAGAUAUCCUGCCAAAACUGAAAGAUGUCAAGAGCAGUGACAACAGCAGAAGUCUUCUAUCUUACAUUGUCUCAUACUAUUUGCGUAAUUUUGAUGAGGAUGCUGGAAAAGAGCAAUGCAUCUUUCCUCUUCCCGAGCCACAAGAUCUCUUUCAGGCUUCACAGCUGAAGUUCGAAGACUUUCAAAAGGAUCUCCGCAAAAUGAAGAAAGAUUUGCGAGGUACUGAAGUUAGAUUAAAAUCAGAGUUGAAAUCUACUGUACUAGAAGCAGGAAAACAACACAUAGAAGAUGUUCAGCAGGUACAGCAAGACCAGCUUUAUACUUGGGCUGCAGUUAGCCAACCCACACACUCAUCAGAUUACAUCGAAGGAAGCUUUCCAAGAAGAAUUCCAUCUGCAUGGCCCCCACCCAAACCUCCAGAUGAAGAACAAAGGCUUAAAAUUCCAGAAGCAGGACGAACUCUGCUGGAAAAGCUCUUCAGCCAGCAGGAAAAUGCACCGCAAGAAGAAGCAGAAAAGCUAUGUUCUCGUAUUAUUGCACUGGGUCUCUUACUUCCAUUCACCGAUUGUUUCAGAGAACCAUGUAAUCAGAGUGCCCAGCAAAGUACACCCACUUUUGAUGAAGAGAAUACUAAUCUGGAAGUUCAGGAAGUGUCGUUAAGAAGUAUGGAUGUUAAUGCAUGUAAGCCAAAAUUAGAGGAAAAGGAGGACUUCAGCACAAGUUUCCGAAAUAGUUAG